UUUAAUGUGGAGAGAUGACUCAUUUCAUUUCAAACAUAUAGUAUUUAAAGCCAUUUAAUGCUUUCAUCAUUCACAAGCACCAAAUAAUCUCUUUCCAAAAAAAUUUCUCUUUCCAAAUAAUGGCUCAAACAAAAGAAAUGAGCAUGUGGGAUGAUCUGAGCAAAAUUGACAAUCGCAACACGACUUGGAUGCUUCGGUUGAGGGCGGUUCGUGUGUACUUUAUUCCCGCCUGGGCUAAAGGAGGAGAUUUCAUGGAGGUCAUCUUUCAUGAUGAAAAUAUUGUGAUGGUAGUAUUGUUGAUAAUGGUAUAGAGCGGUGAUAUCGUCGGUGGUGCCCACGGCGGUGGUGGAGAUUCAAGUGAUAAUGGCAGGUUAGGGUUUUGAAUUUCUUUCGUACCAGAACUUGGUGAUCCCUAUGUCGACUUCGACGGUGUCGAUUACGGCGGCGAACCCGACUGCGCGUCGGAGGCCGGUUGUCUCUACGGAAAGGAAGACUGCGAACAUUGAGAUUGUGGCCAAUGAUGUUGGUGUUUCUCCCGUCACGCCAAAUCCCGGACCGGGCCGAGAUGAGAAACUGGCAUCCGCAGGGAUUUUUAGGGAUUUGAGUCACCACUCUCUUCGCGGGGAGGCAGUUGUGGAUAGAUCUCCAAAGGAUUUCGUGCAAGCCAAGAAAGCGGUGGGGAAUUCGACCACGGUUCACAGGCGAAGUAGUAAGGUUCUUUCAAAGCCUGCUAAGCCUAGGUGGCUUCGGGUUUUGAGUGUUUUUGGGAAGAAUUUUGUGCUUCUUCUUCUGCUUGUGGGGCUGGUUCAAUUGAUUCGGAGACUGGCUCUGAAGUCUGAUGAAAAUGUGGUGGGGCCCCAACCAGGACUGGUGGAAUUCGAGGGUAGAAUUGCCGAUGUGGAAUCACUUUUGAAAAAAACGGCCAAAAUGAUUCAGGUGCAAGUUGAAGUUGUGGACAGGAAGAUUGAGAAUGAGAUUGGGGGUUUGAAGAAGGAAAUGGAUAAGAAAAUUGAUGAUCAAGGUGUCGUUUUAGAGAACCAGAUGAGGAAAUUGGAAGCCAAGAGUGAAGUACUUGAGAAGUCGUUGGAUGAUUUGAAGGCAGGGGAGUGGUUGUCCAAGGAAGAGUUUCUGAGUAUUUAUGAUGAACUAAAGAGGUCAAUGGGCGCUGAUCUAAGGGAGGCAAGCUUGGAUGAGGUAAGACGGUUCGCAAGAGAGACAAUUGAGAAGGAAAUUGAGAAGCAUGCUGCAGAUGGGCUUGGCAGGGCAGAUUAUGCAGUUGCAAGCGGUGGAGGCAGGGUUGUCGAGCAUUCAGAACCAUAUACAGUGGGUAGGGGAACUAAUUGGUUUUUACUAUCAGCAGAAAAUGGUGUUCAUACCAAUGCUGAUAAAAUGUUAAAACCAAGCUUUGGAGAACCAGGUCAGUGUUUCGCCUUGAAAGGGAGCACUGGGUAUGUGCAGAUCAAGCUGCGUACAGCUAUCAUUCCAGAGGCUGUUACUUUGGAGCAUGUUGCAAAGAGCGUCGCGUAUGAUAGAUCAACUGCUCCCAAGGAAUGCAGGGUCUCUGGCUGGCUGCAAGGGGACAAAGAUGGCUCUGUUAUGGAGAAGGAGAAGAUGUUUCUGUUAUCAGAAUUCACUUACAACCUGGAAAGGAGCAAUGCCCAGACUUUUGAUGUGUCAGACUCAGGCAGUGCUGGUGUUGUUGACACGGUAAGGCUCGACUUCACAUCGAACCAUGGGAACCCUUCACACACGUGUAUAUAUCGUUUUAGGGUUCACGGACGCGAGCCUGGUGCCCUUUCUGUGAUUGCAACGCAGUCUAUAUGAAACAUUUCGGUGUGGCUUGAAUUUUUAGUUUGUUUAGAUGUUUGUUAGUGUCGCGUUCUUAGGUUGCGUGACGUACUUGUCGAUGUUCUUUGUUAGAGUGUUUCCUUUUUAUUCUGUAUAUUGUGUAGAGUUUUGGCAAUUUGGGCAAAAUGACAUGUUUGUAUGUUUUCUUUUGGAAGCAUUGUUUCUCCUAAACAAAAGGUGUGAAGCACU